CCUGAACUUCCCUCAUACCACGUUCGCAGCAAGCUCUAUAUCUCACACUUCCUCUCAACAUGGAAUUCUCGACUGUUUGAAUUUGGUGCUGUCCUGUUUAUCUCUACCAUAUUUCCAGGCACCUUAUUCCCUGCCUCCAUCUAUGCCUUGACUCGUUCUGCCUCUGUCGUCAUCUUCUCAACCUUUAUUGGACAUCUGGUUGAUCGCUCAGAACGCAUGCAUCUGAUCCGUCUGUCAAUCAUCGGACAAAGGAUGGCAACCGCAGCAUCCUGCAUCUUGCUGUGGCUCUUACAACACUCUGGUUAUACUUCUCUUUGCUCAUGGUCUGCAAAAGCUGCAUUGAUAUUUCUCUCUUUCCUUGCCUGUGUGGAGAAGCUCUCUUCUGUUGUCAACACCAUAUCUGUUGAACGGGAUUGGGUCGUUUUAAAUUCUCAGAUGCGUCGAAUUGACCUUUUCUGCAAACUCGUUGGACCCCUGAGCAUUGCGUUGAUCGCUGGCUUUUCCACCAGCGUAGCCAUCCUCGUCACCUUUGGUAUGACAGCUGUAUCUGUCUUUGCCGAGUACUACGCCAUUGCAAAAGUGUACUACCAAGUAGAAGAUCUGCAGCUGCGCCUUGCACCUUCUCAAGACUUGCAGCUGGCUGACAGCCCAGCCGCCUCUCCGGACGUCAGCCGUCAUGCUCGUCAAACGUUCCGAAGCUGCAUAUCAUAUAUCCAGCAUCCGGCUUUCCUCCCGUCCUUCUCGCUAUCCCUGCUUUAUCUCACCGUCUUGACCUUCGGCGGCCAGAUGGUCACGUACCUCCUCUCGGCCGGCUUCAGUUCUAUAUCCAUUGGUCUUCUCCGUACUCUAUCCACCCUCUUCGAACUCUCUUCAACAUGGCUCGCACCCAAGGCCAUGCAUAAGAUUGGUGCCAUCAGAUGUGGAAUAUGGUUUCUCAACUGGCAAAUCGUUUGGGUUGUCAUUGCGGCCACCAUGCUUUGGAUCGAGGUGCCUCAAAAAUAUGCUGUCUUUGGUUUGCUUGCUAGUACCAUUGCGAGCCGAGUUGGAUUGUGGGGCUUUGAUCUGUCUGCACAGGUCAUCGUCCAAGAGAGUAUAUUCGAGCUGUUGUCCUUCGCAUCUACCGCUAUCUUCGCUCGGCCCGACCAAUUCAAAAUCCCUGCUGCGAUCNNAGGUGCUGCCGCAGUCGUUCUCGCUGGGUUGAUGUAUGCUUUCUUUGUCCGUCAGCGACGAGGCCAUCUGUUCCAUGCUUCGAAGUGCAUGCAGCGAAAAAGUCGUCCAGCAUGGCAGCCUCUUGCUCAAGACGAAGAAGUCGAGUUGAGU